UGCACCCAAGUCACCCGGUUCCUCCUGCUGGGACUCACAGAGCCGGAAGGGCCCAAGGGCACCUUCUUUGUCCUCUUCCUGUUCAUCUAUGCAGUCACCCUCAUGGGAAACCUGGGCAUGAUCAUCCUGAUCCACACAGACCCACAGCUCCACACACCCAUGUACUUCUUCCUGAGCGUCCUUGCCUUCGUAGACUCCUCUUUCUCCACGACAAACACCCCCCAGUUGCUAGAGAGCUUCCUCACCUCAGGCCAGUCCAUCUCCUUCACAGGCUGUGUGGUCCAGAUGGCCCUCAUGACUCUCCAUGGUACUGCUGAGUCUCUACUCCUGGCCGUAAUGGCCUACGACCGAUUCACUGCCAUCUGCCACCCUCUCCUCUACCACACCAUUAUGUGUCAACGUCUGUGUGUCCAGCUGAUAGUGGCCACCUAUAUAGCUUCUGUUGCCAAUUCAGCUUUGCUAACUGGGUACAUCUUUAAGCUGCCCUACUGUGGCCCCAAUGUCAUUAAUCACUAUUUCUGUGAUGUCCCUCCUGUGCUCCAACUUGCCUGUGUGGACACUUCUGCGGUUGAGGCCAUCAUCUUCUCAUCUUCUGCCCUGAUUAUCCUCUUUACCAUCACCAUUAUCCUGAUCUCCUAUGCCUACAUCUUGGUGACUAUCUGCAGGAUACGUUCCCUGGAGGCUCAGAGCAAAGCGCUCUCCACCUGUGCCUCCCACCUCACCAUCAUCUGCCUCUUCUAUGGCACCAUCACCUUCAUGUAUGCUCAGCCAAGCUCCCGCACUUCCAUGGAGCAGAACAAGGUCGUGUCUGUCUUCUACACUGUGGUCGUCCCCAUGCUGAACCCUCUGAUUUACAGCCUAAGGAAUAAAGAUGUGAAGGCUGCUUUAAAGAGGAGAUGCCUUGGCAAGCUGUCUUCCCAACCAAGUGUGGAGCACUCUAUCUGA